AUGUCGACUAUUCCCCUCAUUAUUGAUGGACAGGAUGUCCUGUUGCCUCACGAUAGGCACGGCACCGUUGUCAACGCAUAUGCACAGGGCCCCAUCCUUUAUCAAGGCGCAACCAAGGAACUGGCGUUACAAGCCGCACAGUCCAGUGCGCAGGCAUUUGCUGCAUGGUCAAAGACUACCCCGAUUGAGCGCCGGACUUUCCUCUUCAAGUUGGCCGAAGUUCUGCGCAGUAGAGCCGAGGAAAUCAAGCGGGUGUGUGAUCAAGAGAUCAGUUGCGGACCCCUAUGGGCAGAAAUCAUUACCAAUGACGCUAUCGGUAUGAUUGAAGAGUAUGGUGCUCUUACCACUAGCAUCGCCACGGGCUCACUGCCCUUUGUCCGGAACGGCUAUGGCUUAGUCCUUAAAGAGCCUCUCGGAGUAGUUCUCGGAAUCGCUCCCUGGAACGCCCCCAUAAUCUUGGGCCUUCGUGCUGUAGUGGCUCCUAUUGCCGCUGGAAAUGUUGCGAUCUUGAAGGCAAGCCGCUUACUGAUUGCUACUGAUACACGCGGGGCAAUCUAUUUACUUACUGCUGGUUUCCCCCGCGGCGUCCUGAACUUCCUUCUGCAUCGACCGGAGGACGCGCCGGAGAUCUUCGACGUACUUAUAAAACACCCCGCUAUUAAAAAGUGUAACUUUACUGGCUCAACCCAAGUCGGACGUAUUAUCGCCUCGCAAGCCGCCCUCGCUCUGAAGCCUGUUUUGUUGGAACUCGGUGGCAAGAACUUCACGGUGGUCCUCGAUGAUGCUGACCUAGAUCUUGCAGCCCAAGAGAUCACCAAAGGUGCCUUUCUCAAUAACGGUCAAAUCUGCAUGUCCACCGACAAGGUCCUGGUUACAAUCGCCGUGGCUCCGGCUCUCGAAGCCAAGAUUCUGGCUAUCCUGCGCAAUAUCAAUACCACCUCGGUGCUCAUCUCACCGUCUGCUAAGGCCAAGGUAGAGAUGCUCGUGUCUGAUGCGUGCAAGAAGGGCGCCCAGAUUCAUACGUCUCACACCACAGUAAAUCACGAGGUCUCGGAUCGAUCCUUUCCCCCAACCGUUGUGACGGGAUUGACGCCCGAGAUGGACCUUUUUGAAAUUGAGUCUUUCGGUCCUGUGGUCGGUAUUGUAGCGGUGGAGACAGAAGAACAGAUGACUGCUAUCAUGCAGGCGGCUAAUUAUGGAUUAUCAAGCUCAAUUAUUUCCCGCAAUCAUUAUCGCGCCCUUAAGCUGGCCGGUGCUAUUAAGGCAGGUGCAGUCCACAUUAAUUCCAUGACGGUGCAUGACGAACCGACUCUACCUCACGGAGGGUAUGGGGAUAGUGGUUGGGGGCGAUUUGGCGCUCGCUGGGGGUUGGAGGAGUUUGUGCAGACUAAAGUCGUCACUCUGCAUCAGUAG